AUGAGUUUUGGACAAGCACCCACAAUCGUUGUCUUGAAGGAAGGCACUGACACCUCGCAAGGCAGAGGUCAAAUAAUUUCAAACAUCAAUGCCUGUUUGGCCAUUCAAGACACUUUGAAAACCACUUUAGGGCCGCUAGGAUCUGAUAUUUUGAUAGUCAAUUCUUCUGGAAAAUCAAUUAUAUCUAACGACGGAGCAACAAUUCUAAAGCUAUUGGACAUUGUCCAUCCUGCUGCUAAAAUUCUAGUUGACAUUUCAAGAUCUCAGGACUCAGAGGUAGGCGAUGGUACUACGACUGUAACUAUAUUGGCUGCGGAAUUUUUAAAAGAAUCAAAAAAUUUUAUUGAAGAAGGUGUUUCUUCUCAUAUCAUUUCUAAAGCUUUUAGAAAAGCAACCGCUUUAGCAAUAAACAAAAUUAAUCAAUUGUCAAUAAAGAUUGAUAAAGUGAAUGACAAUUCCGAAUUUUACAAUACUUUAAUAAAAUUGGCCAAAACCGCAAUGUCAUCCAAAAUUGUUUCUAAUAAUUCCGAAUUUUUCACUAAGCUAGCUGUUGAUUCGGUUUUAUCCUUGGAUCAGAAUGAUUUGAACUUAAACCUAAUUGGUAUUAAAAAAGUUCCUGGUGGUUCAAUUGAUCACUCAUUGUUUAUAAAAGGUGUCGCCUUCAAGAAAACUUUUUCUUAUGCUGGUUUUGAACAGCAACCCAAAAAGAUUUUAAACCCUAAAAUUUUAUCAUUGAAUAUUGAACUAGAACUAAAAGCAGAAAAGGAUAAUGCUGAGGUUAGAGUUCAGAGUACUGCUGACUAUCAAGCUAUUGUCGAUGCUGAAUGGGAAAUCAUUUUCAAUAAAUUAAAACUCAUCGAGGACUCUGGUGCUAACAUCGUGUUAUCAAAACUACCCAUUGGAGAUUUGGCUACUCAAUAUUUUGCUGACAGAAACAUUUUCUGUGCUGGAAGAGUAGCUUCUGAAGAUUUAGACAGAACUAUAAUGGCAGUUGGAGGCUCAAUUCAAUCCUCAGUCUCUGAUAUUGAUCCUGCUGCACAUCUAGGAAACUGUGAUUUAUUUGAAGAAAUACAAUUGGGUAACGAAAGAUAUAAUAUUUUCACUGGUUGUCACAACGCUAAAACAUGCACCCUUAUACUAAGAGGUGGUGCUGAACAAGUUAUUGAAGAGGUUGAAAGAUCUUUACAUGAUGCCAUAAUGAUUGUUAAAAGAACUAUACAAAAUAAUGAAAUAGUCGCUGGUGGAGGUGCAAUUGAAAUGGAAAUCUCAAAAUAUUUAAGAAAUUACUCCAAGAAGAUAGCUGGAAAGCAGCAAUUAAUCAUUGCUGCUUAUGCGAAAGCUUUAGAAAUUAUCCCCAGGCAAUUAUGUGAAAAUGCUGGUUUUGAUGGUACUGAUUUGUUGAAUAAGUUAAGAAUGGCUCAUGCUACUGGCGAAACUUGGGCAGGCAUAGAUUUUAAUACCGAAUCGGUUUCUGAUAAUAUGAAAAAGUUCAUAUGGGAACCAUCUUUAAUUAAAAUUAAUGCUCUAAACAGUGCAUGCGAAGCAGCUUCUUUAAUUUUGAGCGUUGAUGAAACUGUUAAAAAUCAAGAAUCUCAAUCUCCAAAUGCAUCACAAGCUCAGGCUAUGAUGGCAAGCAGAGGUCGUGGUAUUCCACGUUAA